UGGCGGAUUCUACAAGAAUAAAAGCAUCAACUACAACUUUUCUUGCGGCCAAAUUCUUUGGUUUUAGUCCCCACAAUAUCUUCUUCUCUCAUAAUUCCCACAUUUGCAAUUUGUUUCUUUCUUGGCGAUAUAAUCAAGAAUACCCAUAAAGCAAAACCUCCCAAGAUGCUUUAAAUUCAGAAGUAGAUUUUUUUUUCCUUCUUCUCGUUCAAUCAAAUAAAAAAUGGCUGUGGCUAUGGCUUCGACUGGGAGUAAUUUUGGGCUUUACAGUAAUUUGAAAGCUAUUGAGAAACAAUGCAUUUCAAAGGCUGCUACUUUGAGAUGCUUCUUUAGUUUGGAUCCAGUUCAUCCUUCAUGCAUUUUACCCAAAAGGAGCUUGUCUUUUUCUGCGAGUACAAUUAUUGGAAAAGCGACUCCGGCCACAGCUGUUGAGGGUGGAAACAACCAAGAAACUGAUACUGUUCCGAUGCCUAGUGUUCUAAUAGAUCAAGAUUCAGAUCCAGAUGCCACAAUCGUAGAGGUCACCUUCGGGGAUCGCCUUGGGGCUCUUCUCGACACAAUGAAUGCUCUUAAGAAUCUUGGACUGAAUGUUGUCAAGGCAAAUGUCUACCUCGAUUCAUCUGGGAAGCACAACAAAUUCGCUAUCACUAAAUCUUCAACAGGGAGAAAGAUUGAUGAACCCGAGUUGCUUGAGGCAAUACGUCUGACAAUAAUCAACAAUCUGAUUGAAUAUCAUCCGGAGUCAAGUUCACAGUUGGCUAUGGGUGUUGCAUUUGGUGCCAUGCCACCAAAUCGGAAGAUUGAUGUCGAUAUAGCAACUCAUAUCACUAUCCGUGAAGAUGGCCCUGAACGAAGCUUACUCUACGUGGAGACAGCAGAUCGUCCUGGGUUACUCGUGGAUCUUGUAAAGAUCAUAACUGAGAUAAACAUUUCUGUUGAGUCUGGAGAGUUUGAUACAGAGGGUUUGUUGGCCAAGGCAAAGUUUCAUGUUAACUACAAGGGGAAAGCUAUUAUCAAACCCCUUCAACAGGUUCUUGCGAAUAGUUUG